UGUGUUCUUUAUUUCCAAUUCAAUCAACUGUAGGGAAAAACUAAUAACUUGCGCUCGGUCGCUUUAUCGUCAGUCUUCGAUUGGUUUUCAUCCCAAAAGGUAACCGGUUACAGUAUACUUGGUUUUAAGUAACUUGACCACAGUUUUUCUCCCGGUCGCGGCUUCAGUGGAUCCAAUGAGGUGACGCCGCGUUCCGGGCCCGACAACUGAGAACAAGCCGGUGAUAAGGGGAACCAAAACUACCGAGUGUGACAACAAAGAAGCUCUGAAUAAAGAUACCAACCGAGAAACUAACCUCAGAACCCGCCUGGAAAAGCACACUCGUGAUGGAGGGUAGAAAGCUGGUGCCGGCUGCUCUCUUCUGUCUUGUUCUGGCAAUGUUCCCUUCUCACAUAGUGACCGUGGCUGUCAUGUCAGUUGACCUGGGCAGCGAGUGGAUGAAAAUAGCAAUAGUUAAACCUGGCGUGCCAAUGGAGAUUGUUCUAAACAAGGAGUCGAGGAGGAAAACACCCACAGUUGUAUGUCUCAAGGAGAACGAGAGACUUUUUGGAGACAGUGCAAUGGGAGUAUCCGUCAAGAACCCCAAAAGUGUUUAUAGACAUCUCCAAAGUCUCCUGGGUAAAAAGCAUGAGAACCUCCAGGUGGCACUCUACCAGAAACGUUUUCCUGAACACCAUCUGCAGGAGGACCCAGUGAGAGGCACUGUCCACUUUAAAAACUCAGAAGAAAUGCAGUACACACCAGAGGAGCUCUUGGGGAUGGUCCUUAAUUACUCUCGUGGACUGGCUCAGGACUUUGCAGAACAGACAAUCAAAGAUGCAGUGAUCACUGUCCCAGCCUUCUUCAACCAGGCAGAGCGCAGGUCAGUCCUGCAUGCUGCACACAUUGCAGGUCUAAAGGUCCUUCAGCUCAUCAAUGACAACACGGCUGUGGCCUUAAACUAUGGGGUCUUCAGGAGGAAAGAUAUUGACAGCACAGCUAAGCAUGUGAUGUUUUAUGAUAUGGGCUCUGGCAGCACCACUGCCACAAUCGUUACCUAUCAGACUGUCAAAACCAAGGAGUCCGGGACUCAGCCCCAGUUACAGAUCCGAGGUGUUGGGUUUGAUCGGGGUUUGGGGGGCUUUGAGAUGGACCUGCGACUUCGUGACCACCUGGCCAGACUGUUCAAUGAGCAAAAGAAGAGCAAGAAAGAUGUGCGGGAAAAUCACCGGGCUAUGGCCAAGCUUCUCAAAGAAGCUCAGAGGCUCAAGACUGUGCUGAGUGCAAAUGUAGACUUCAUGGCCCAGGUGGAAGGUUUAAUGGAUGACAUUGACUUCAAAGCUAAGGUGACCAGGAGUGAGUUUGAAGAACUGUGUGCUGAUCUGUUUGAAAGAGUGCCUCGGCCAGUGCAGGAUGCCCUGACUGCUGCAGAGAUGAAACUGGAGGAUAUUGAGCAGGUGAUUUUAGUAGGAGGCUCCACUCGUGUGCCAAAGGUCCAGGAAGUGCUCCUUAAAGCUGUGGGCAAAGAGGAACUGGGGAAGAACAUCAAUGCAGAUGAGGCAGCAGCCAUGGGUGCAGUGUACCAGGCCGCUGCCCUGAGCAAGGCUUUUAAGGUCAAACCUUUCUUGGUUCGAGAUGCAGCUGUUUUCCCCAUUCAGGUGGAGUUUACCCGGGAGGUGGAGGAGGAGGAAGGUGUCAAAACCUUGAAACAUAACAAACGCAUCCUGUUCCAGAGGAUGGCAACCUACCCCCAGCGCAAGGUCAUUACAUUCAACCGUUACAACGAUGACUUUGUUUUCAACAUCAACUACGGUGACCUCAGCUUCCUCAGUCAGGAAGAACUCAGUGUGUUCGGCUCUCUGAACCUGACCACAGUCAAGCUGUCUGGAGUGGGGAGUAGUUUUCAGAAGCAUGCAGAUGCAGAGUCGAAAGGAAUUAAAGCCCACUUCAACAUGGAUGAAAGUGGAGUGCUCCUGCUAGACCGGGUGGAGUCUGUCUUUGAGACUGUGGUAGAGGAGAAAGAGGAGGAAUCAACAUUAACUAAACUCGGUAACACCAUUUCCACUUUGUUUGGAGGAGGAUCGUCAGAACCUGCUCCAAAUGUAACUGAACCUGUUCAGGAUGAGGAGGAAGUACCUCCAGAAUCUGGGAAGGACAGCAAGGAUGAGGACGGCAAGGAUGAGAAUCACAAAGACAAGGCUACCAAUGAGAAACCCAGUGAUUCAGAGAAAAAUUCAAGUGAAGACAAAAACCAAGAAAAAGCCAAAGAGGCAGGAAGCACGACCGAGGCCAAGGAGGAAAAAGACGGAGACAAAUCUGUAAACACUGAUGUGGAGAAGAAGUCCAGACCUCAGAAAAAGAGCAAAAUCUCUGAAGAAAUCACACUGGAACUCCUUAUCCAUGACAUUGUUGAUCCCACGGCCGAUGACCUGACAUCCUCUAAGAAAAAACUGCAGGAUUUGACAGACCGAGAUCUGGCCAAACAGGAACGAGAGAAAACACUCAACAGCUUGGAAGCUUUUAUAUUUGAGACACAGGACAAGCUGUACCAGGAGGAUUACCAGCAGGUGGUAACCGAGGAGGAGCAGGAACAGAUCUCAGCCAAGCUGAAAGAGGUGUCUGAGUGGAUGGAUGAGGAUGGCUAUGCUGCCACCACCAAACAGCUGAGAGAAAAACUCUUUCAGCUGAAGAGCCUGUGCAAGGACAUGUUUUUCAGGGUUGACGAACGACACAAGUGGCCGGAGCACCUGGCCCGCCUGGAAAGCCUGCUCAAUAGCUCCAGUUUCUUCUUAAAGAGUGCGAGGCUGAUCCCAGAAGAUGAUCAGAUCUUUACUGACGUCGAGCUAAACAUGCUAGAAAAAGUCAUCAAUGAAACAAUGGUGUGGAAGAACGAGACGACAGCAGAGCAGGAGAAACGCUCUCCAAAAGAGCGACCGGUCUUGUUGUCCAAAGACAUAGAGUCCAAACGGACUCUUCUUGAGCGAGAGGUCAAUUACUUGUUUAACAAGGCCAAGUUUGCCAAGCCUAAACCCAAAGCCAAAAACAGUACAAGCACAGAUAAAAGCAGCAAGGCUAACAGCACAGCUGAAGAAAAUGUCAGCCCUCCUAUAGAGGAAAGCACAGACACCAAGAGUGAUACAGGAAGUUCAGAAGAGAUACCAUCUGAUGAAACCCCAUCCACUGAGAGUACUCUCGACAGCCAAUCACAACCUAAAGAAGAAUCCGCAACUACAGGAAAACUGGAGAGAACCCAACCUGAAAACCACAUAGAGGAUGAAUUAUAACAGCUGGAACUGUAGAAGAAAAAAUAUUUAUUGACAGUGUCUAAAUGUUCAGCUUCUCUCUCAGACUGUUUUUUUUUUUUUUUUUUGUCUCGUUGACUCAUUUGUUGAACCUCUGGACACACGGUGAAUAGGAACUGGACAUUUUUCUGCUCCUUGUCUCCACUUGAGUGUUUCAUCUUCAUGGAUUCUAUAAAUGAGAAGUAGUUUCACAUGAAUCAAGCCCCAGACUGCAUUCUUCCUGACAAAAUGCCUUUUCAUAUCCACCACCAUUAUCUUAUCAAUGCUAAUCCAGAGGGAGCUGUUUGGCUAGUUUACAAUGUCUUUAAUAACAAUAUUUGAUGUUUUAAGUUGGUGGAUAUACAAACCAAGUUAGUGCAGCACUUAACAGUUUUGGUUACAGUCACAGCGGAUACAGUGUUCUUGUUUUUGCACCAACCCAUAAUUCCUUUGGCCCUUUAAAUUGCUGUCAAAAGUGUCAUCUAGUAUAUUAAGCAUAUGUAAAACUAUAAGAAUGAAAAAUGUGUUAAUUUAUUGAAAAUUUAACUACAAAUAAUGUAGAGGAAGCCCCUAUGUUUUUCAGCUAAAAUUCUGAAUCCAAUGUUAUCAGAAACAUCCAGUGUAAUGUUCAGAGGGUGGGAUCCUGCCCUUCAGGGACAACUUGCUUAUAUUUCUUUUUUUUUUUUUCUUUUUUUUUAAACAUUUUUCCUAAAAUUCUGCUACUCAAUGGACAUUUUAUUUAUUGGUAAAUGUUCCAACAUUAACAUGUUAUCCACCAGCAGCACUUACAGAUAUUCACAUGGUAGUGUCCUUUAUGUGGCCCUUAGUUUUGAUAGUUGACUUCCCCCGUGUGUGCAGACAAAACAAGAUAAAUACUGAGCUCCCAAAUGGUGAUGAUUUAACAGUUCAACAGUGAGUUCACGCAUCUGCCUCCUGCUGUCGUGAUAUGGCUGGAUUUCAAAGACGUUUUCUACUGAUGCUAAUAAAGCUUUUGACAAGUGCUUCAAUGUUGUUUUAUGAUGCCAGUCACACUGAGUGCUUUCAGAGUCUUCAUAUAAGCUGCUAGUAGAAGUGUUUAGCUUUUUGUUUACUGGGACAUAACAGUGUGGUGCACAUGUUUGCACCAUUUUUCCUGUUAGAACACGGGAGUAAGGGGUUUGGGUCUGCUAUAUCCUUCUCUGUACUCUGAAUAAUGCAAAAGAAAUCAGGGUGGAACCAAGAAUAAAAUUUGGAAUGGGAGAUGGAAACGAUUCCUGUAUUCCUAAACUGUUAAUAAAAAUAUUUUUGUUUGUAAUUUUAA